AUGUCUCUUCCUUCUAAUCCUAUAAUUAUUGUUGGUGGUGGUUUAGCUGGUUUAUCAGCUGCUCAUGAAGCUUAUCUUAGAGGUGCAAAUAUAGUUUUAAUUGACAAACAAGGUUUUUUAAGCGGUAAUAGUGGUAAAGCAACUUCAGGUAUAAAUGGAAGUCUUACAAGAACUCAAGUUAAUCUUAAUAUUAAAGAUUCAGUUGAACAAUUUUAUCAAGAUACGUUGGCAACUGCAAAAGAUCGUGCAAAUCCAGCAUUAAUUAAAGUUUUAACUUAUAAUUCAGCAGAUGCUGUUCAUUGGUUACAAGAAAUCUUUGGUUUAGAUUUAUCUGUUGUUUCUAGACUCGGUGGUCAUUCACAACCUAGAACUCAUAGAGGUCAUGAUUCAAAAUUUCCUGGUAUGGCUAUAACAUAUGCAUUAUUAGAAAAAUUGGAAAAUUUGAGUGAAACAGAACCUAACAGGGUUUUAAUUUUGAAAAAUUCUCAAGUUAUUGAUUUAAUUCUUGAAGGUGAUUCAAAAGUUAUUGGAGUUAAAUAUAAAAAUUUAAAAGAUAAAUCAAAACAUGAAAUUUUGGGACCUGUAAUUAUGUCCACUGGUGGAUAUGCUGCUGAUUUUACUAAAAAUAGUUUAUUAAGAAAAUAUAGACCCGAUAUUAUUGAUUUACCUUCAACUAAUGGAAAUCAUGCAACUGGAGAUGGUCAAAAGAUUAUAAUGAAAAAUAAAGGUGUUGGUAUUGAUUUAGAUAAAGUUCAAGUUCAUCCAACAGGAUUAAUUGAUUAUAAUGAUACUGAAGUAAUUGAAGGUAAAAAACAACCAAGAUUUUUAUUUCUUGGUGCUGAAGCAUUAAGAGGUGAAGGUGGUAUUAUGUUUAAUUCAAAAGGUGAAAGAUUUGUUGAUGAAUUAGGUACUAGAGAUUGGGUAAGUGGAGAAAUGGAAAAACAAAAUAAACAAGGUAAUGGACCAAUUAGAUUAGUAUUGAGUGAAAAACUGGAGAAGAACUUACAAUUUCACAUUAAACAUUAUACUCAAAGACAUUUAAUGAGAACUAUAACUGGAUCAGAAUUAGUUAAAGAAUUAGGAACAACUGAAGAAAAACUUAGAGAACAGUUAGACACUUAUAAUAAAGCUGCUUCAGGUCAAAUUAAAGAUCCAUUUGGUAAGAAAUAUUUCCCAUCUACUCCUUUUGAAUAUUCUCCAAAUUCCAAAUAUCAUGUUUCUUAUAUUACUAGAGUUUUACAUUUUACUAUGGGUGGAGUUAAAAUUAAUGAUAAAGCUCAAGUUUUAACUGAUCAAAAUGAUGAACCAUUUGAAGGUUUAUAUGCUGCUGGUGAAGUUGCUGGUGGUGUUCAUGGUCAUAACAGAUUAGGUGGUUCUUCAUUAUUAGCAUGCGUAGUAUAUGGUAGAUUAGCAGCUGAUCAAGCAUGUAGUUAUUCAUUACAAAAAUCAAGUUCAAAAGAAGAACAAGGUACAACUGCAGCUAAUGCUAGAUUAAAUAUGAUUAGUUUACAUAUUGAUCCAAAUAGUAAAAGAGUAAUCAUUGAUUUAGAAAACAAUAGAUCUGAACAAUCAGGAGGUGAAAUAGAACAAGCUCAACAUUCGGCACCAAAACAACAACAAGCACAACCAAAACAAGAAAAAGCUCCAACUAAAUCUUUUUCAAUCCCAAAUAAAGAAUUUUCACUUGAAGAAGUUGCAAAACAUAAUAAACCAGAUGAUUGUUGGUGUAUUAUUAAAAAUGUAGUUGUUGAUUUAACUUCGUUUUUAAAUGAUCAUCCUGGUGGAUCACAAUCAAUUGUAAAUUUUGCAGGUAGAGAUGCUACAGAAAGUUUUGCAAUGUUACAUGAAGAUAAUUUUAUUCCAAAAUAUGUAGCUGAUUCAGUAUUGGGAGUUAUAAAAGGAACAAAAUCAGAAUUGGAAUUGUAA